UUUAUAUCGAAGGAAGCUUAUUAUACGGUACACGCUCGAUCACACCACAUCGAACAUCUGACGCGGGGAGCGCAGGAGGCAACAACCGUAUGGACACCAUUCGCAUGACAGACAAACGUUACUCUUUGAUAUUCAGUACCGACCGCCUUCCGUGGGCAUUGCGCCAAGUUCCUCACUGCGCCAGUCGAUUCGUCGUGGUUCAGUGUUGGUGGGCGUAUUACUGCAGAGCGUGGUGCGGCAUCGUAUUUGCGUUUUGAUCUGAUUCCAGUCUCAGCCAAAACUUCACCAUGUCUCUCGAAGAGCAAUUUCAACAAGCUGCAGAGGAUGUGAAGAAACUGGCCAAAACCCCUUCAGAUGAUGAACUUCUUGAAAUCUAUGCUUUAUUCAAGCAAGGCACAGUUGGUGAUGUCAACACCGCUAGACCAGGAAUGUUGGAUUUCAAAGGAAAGGCCAAGUGGGAUGCUUGGGAUUCAAAGAAAGGCAUGUCAACCGAUGCAGCUAAAGAGGCUUACAUUGCAAAAGUGAAGCAGCUGAUAGAAACAUAUGGAAAGAACUGAAUUAUAUCUCUGUAAGAAGUUUCUCUGUUGUGAGAAAUGGGGCACAUCCUAUUACUGUGUACACAAGUGUGAAUGCUCAAUUAUAUGCAACUUAAAUACUGUAUAGAAAAUGCCCAACUUUACUGUUUUUGGAUUUUUAUAAUAUCUUGUACUGGCAAGAAAAAUUAAACUAUUGAAUAAAUCUUUUUUUAAAGUUUGUA